AUGAAAAGUUUCAGAGUUCUCGUGUUGCUGCUGUCCUUCGUCACGGAUGUAUCAGGAACUGUAAAUGACACUCCACAACAGGUGGUGAUGAAGUACAACAACUACAAAACAAUAUGUACUGGACUGGGUUAUAAAGCCACACAAUGUCACGACGAACAGACAGGAGGACCAAUAGUAUUCCAAUCGACAUAUAAAGGUACCUUACAAAAUUUGAAAACCAGUGAAAUUGUAAAGUUCAAUCAGGCGUCACUCAAUGAAGGGAACGCCUUCGAUACCACCACGGGGAAAUUUACUGCGCCGAUAGAUGGAGUUUAUUCAUUCAGUUGGGGAGCAAUGUCAGAUAGAGGGAAAUUGUUCGUAACUGAAAUCGUUCUAAAUAGUAAUCCAGUUACAGGCAACUAUGUUGAUGGACGGGGUCAUAACAGUCCACAUGUGAUGUCAUCCUCACAAGCUAAUAUCAAAAUGAAGAAAGGCGAUAAAGUGUGGAUCAGAGUAUUUGAAAACUAUGGUCAAGUAGCUCGGUGUGGUGAUAAAGGACAAUGGUGCUACUUUUCUGGGUAUAAACUGUAA